AUGACGGACGACGCCAUCGAUUUCGUCUUUUCCCUCAUACUAGAUACAGAAUUAUAUCUUUGCGCAUUCGUAUUGUUAACCUAUUUCACAACGAAGAAAAUAAAUAAAAUAAUUCAAUCCAAUUUUUACCAAAAUGACGCACUCCUAAAUAGACUCUCCAAACACUUCUACAUAGUAGAUGUGAAGGCCUACUUUAGCCCCCUGAAAUAUAUGUUUAAAAGUGCACUAUAUCAUACCUAUUAUUUUUCGUCCCUUUUGUUUUUAAUUUAUUUGUUCAGACUGUAUACUUCCUACAAACGUUGGAUUAAGUUUUACUUUUUUUCUUUAUUGAAUAUUUCUACCGACCCCUCUAUACACUCUGGUGAUGAUAAUUCUGAUGCCUACCACCAUGGGAACUCGAGUGGAUUUGAUGUUACCUACUUGGUUGCCUUCAUCUUGGGAGUGAUUAUUUCUUUCAUUUAUUAUAAAUACCUUUGUAGAUUAUUUAAAGGGAAGCACAAAUAUGUUACGGUGCAUAAGUCCAGUUUGCAGCACUACUGCUUUGAGCUAGCCAAAGUAAAUUUCAGGGAAUAUGUAAAGGUGAAACCAAAGAAGGGAUCAAAAUUUAGGUUCGAUUUGGACACCAACAUUAAGCCUCAUUCCACGUUCAUCAACGAGUCUGCUGCCACGAAAGGAAGCGGCACGAAAACUGGAACAAGCGGAAACGGUCGUGGUGCUGGUAGCAGCGUCCCCAGCGUAGUUGCUCCAAAGCCAAAGAGAAACAUCCUGUUCCGCAUGUUCAACAUCGUGUACGUUAAGAACCACGUCCUGUAUGAUGAGAACGUACUCUACGAAGAUCACCUGAAGAACAAGUGGCAGGCCAAUCAGAAGAACAAAGAAGGCUUCCUUUUAAUGCUUAUCAAGUUAGUGGAGAAGCUCGUCAAAGCGAUCAUCAAUUUAAUUAAUGCCGAAAAUAACGAGACUGGAAAGGCACCCCCCGCGCAGAGACAAUCGAGCGAAACCACUCCACAGGAGCAGACCCAGGGAAAAACCAACCCAACAAACAUGACACAGAUAAGGGGAUCAGCACUGAAGAGUAGUGACCAGCAGUACAAUGACAUAAACCUAUGCGAACUGGAUUUAAACCCAUACGAUGUAUUUGUGUGCAAUUCGCAUUACCAAUUUAAGAGCAUCCUAGAAGUGCUCAUGUUACACAUACCGAUAUAUUUCCUAUUCAAAAAUAAACUAUACGUAAAAACCUGCUUCACAGUAGCCAUGUAUGUUUUCAAUUACCUACUCUGGAAUUUUAUAACGUUCCUAGCGAUGAUCAAACCGUCACUCUUCGUGUACUACUACGUACUGAAUGAGCACAUAAAUCAUAUCCUAACAGAAAGCAUUAAUGACCAAGAAAAAAAUAUAAUCCUGCACUUUUUCUAUGGGUUCUUUUUUGCCUCACUAAUAUAUUUAAAAUAUCAUUUCAACAUGGAGUUUAAGUUGAUAAAGGUGGAACACAUGAAUCACUUCCAUCGAUUAAUUAACAGAUGCAUAGCAGAGGCAAACAAAUUGAAGUCUAGAGGAAUAAUCAGAAAUUUUGAAGCUAUGAAAAUUUUUCCCUUAUGUAUUGAUUAUAAAAAUAAAGGGAUCUUAAUCGAUAGAGGACUGCUGCGAACAGCUGCGGAACUCCAACUUGUACUAAGACAAAGGAGAUUAAAGAGUGCAAAAAUAUGCUUCCAAAAUGUUAAGAAAAUUGCUAAACAUUGUGAUGAAGAUACUGCUAUGGAAAUGUUUAAACGAUUGAAAUUUGUUCUUGUAAAUGAAUUGCCCCAUCGAGUUGCAGUAAACCUUUCCCUUAUGAUCUCGGAUGAAAUGUACGAUAAAAUUAAAAGGAAUGCCAUCGAUUCGUCUUCCUCAGAACAAUCCAAGAAACACCCACCUGAUUGCUUAUGCGAAACGCUCAAAAAAACUGCCAUUCAUGAUUUUAUUAAAGCAGCCAUGGGUAUUGAUAAAUCCAAUGCAGAAAUGGGAGCAGCGGAUCUGGGGCAAGCUAACGAAGAUACGUCCGACAACAAGGGAAAUGAAAAAAAAUGA